GAGACAGACUACACACUUUGUAUAUUAAUCGUAUGUGUACGCAGUACCACUCAAAUAACGUAUCACGCGCAACACGCUUAACUUAAAUAUAGGAAAUAAUAUUAUAAAUAUCAUACCGUGGUGCGAAAUCCACAACGAAUUUUUUCGGAACGUCGUCUGAUGAAAUAUGUUUCAAAUUUUGACAUUUAUAUUCGCCCUGUCGGUGUCCAGUCUGCACGGUGUAGUGCAGACCAUUAACGGCGACCAAUGCUCGUCCUCUGAUUAUACGGUGGGCUACGGGUAUAAGCAUUGGCACAAUGCCACUGAGAUUCCGACGGCCGAUGGCACAGUGAAGUUCAAGUUUUACGUGCAAGCGGAAAGUGACGCGCACAUCAUGUUGGCCAGAGAACCGGCGUCGCCCGGAUACGAAAUCGUUCUCGGAGGAGGGUCAAACACUUUUUGCGAUAUACGCAAAUUCGACGGGAAGUUAACGUCGAUGGCCACCGUCGGCCCGAGGAAAAUUCUCAACGUGGCAAACCUCGUCGGCUUUUGGGUGCGCGCGUCCAUGCAGUCCGGUCUGAUCGAGGUCGGCAGAAACGGCGAGAACUUGCCGAUCAUUUUUUGGAAGGACCCGGAGCCGAUACCGGUCAAUUAUUAUAGCUUCAGCUCGUGGGGCCCAGUUGUCUGCAAGUGGAUGUUCAAGUGCAAGCCCGACCCACUAGUGACGCCGAAGAUGCCGCCGGAUGCGAAAGAGAGAAUCGAUUAUACUGAAAAAUUCUAUACAUACAUGGAACAACUCAGGAGAAACGUAGUGAAGAAGCGCGGUCUGUUCGGAGGAGACCCGACGACGAACUCGCAGCAAGUGCUAAACGUGGCGCUAACCAGUAACUUCAAGUUCAUUCAUCUGGACGUCAUGACUUCAACGCUCACACUUCGGGGUGUCGCCACUUUUGAAUGGACGGACAAUAGUAUCCAUUGGAACCCUGAAAACUAUAAAAAUAUUUCCAAAUUACAUUUAUCGAACUACGAACUAUGGCAACCCGAACUCGUACUACACAACGCAAUGGAUCCGGCUUCGAGUAUGUUUUCCGGAUCGAAGGUGUCCGUGGAUAACAAUGGCAAAGUCACAUGGAGACCUAAAUUUGACAUUAGAACCAAAUGCGACAUCGACUUGACGUCGUGGCCGUGGGAUAAACACAAGUGUGCCAUACUGAUGAGCACGUGGUCGCAUAAAAUAUCCAAUGUUUUCUACGAGAUCAAAAACAACCAAAAUAACGAAUGUUUUCAAGUGUCCCAUUCGGAUUGGAGACUCGACAGGAUGACAGGCUCGUAUGUGGGAGACAGCACUCCAUGGGACGAUAUCGUGGCAGCCAUCAACGACGUUGACAGUAGUUCCGCAGACGACAGUCCCCCUCAAUAUUCACUGGAGCUCAUGGUCGAAAUAUCUAGAAACACGAAGAUUCUCGAGAAACUGUUUUACGUCCCGUUAAUACUGAUCAGUUGUGUAUGGCUGUCGUCUUUCGGUAUAAUGCCCAAUUCCUCAUCAAAAAUCACGACAAUUUGUGUGUCAAUUAUAAUUUCAAUAUUGAUCAUUGUAUACAUGACGAAGUAUGUACCAGUUUUCACUGAAUUUCCUCCAAACUUGAUGCUCGGAUAUUUGAAACUUAUGCUCCUGAUAUCGAUGGACGCUUUCAUCUCGUCACUGCUCAUAACGGUGCACAGUCGCAAAACGACAAUCGGCCAUCCUCCGUUCGCGUUAACUAGAUUUCUGACCACGCCCAUCGUGACGAAAGUUCUGGCGUUGCCAAAAUUGGAUUCUCCCCGGACCCUCGUCUACGACCAGUCGGCCCAAAGACCCGACGCAGGACACGAUACCACGACCACCCUAUGGGAUAUCGUCAUAGUUGCUUUCGAGCGAAUCAUAUUCGUAGUGUUUUUUGCGAUCACCGUGGCCAUAUUGCGGUCGGUCAAGAUUUCCUUUUCGGCUCUGUUUUGAUCGAUCUUAACAGUAUUAAUUGUACAAUAUAACGGCGUAAUGUGCACGUGGUAAUAACAGGUGUAGGUAUCAUGUAGUCACAGCAGUUGCGUAUUUAUGAUUUCCUCGAGGAUAGGGACUGGGAGAGAGGCCUUGAGAGUGGAAAUUAACUCUGGUGGUUAUCGACGAUAGAAAAACACAGUUUUAUAAUAUUUAUAAAAGAACAAAACGUAAUGACAUUUCUAAAAUAAACCGGCACUAUUGUUUUAACAGUGAAUAAUUUGUAUUCAUAUAAUAUUUAACUCUAUUAUUUUAUUUUUAAAACUUUUACUAUCUAUACUGUGCUGAUUCAGUUUUGUAAAAAACAUUACAGUUAAUUUAUGUAAGUAUGAUGAUAAUUUUUAUAAUAUUAUAUUCGAGUAGUAAACGGAAGAAGAGUACGAAUAAAGUUUUCAAUGUUGUACAAAUCGAGUGAUUCUGUUCCUUCAUAAUUAUUAAUUAUUAACUUACAGCCGUUUUUGAUUAGUGUCACGCAUAAACCAAGAUAGAUACAAUUUCAAACAAAUAUCCCGAGGGUGAUGUUUAUCCUUCUGUUAAUACCCAUCUGUAAAUACGCCACUGACUGACAUACGUGUAUUAUAUACUGUACUAUAUAGCUAGGUAAUAAACUCAAAAUUCAUAUUAUAUACAUUUUAUAUUUCAUGUGAAAUAAAUACACAUCGAUGGUAAUUUAUUCGAAGUUAGAAUAAGUACAUAAUUAUUAUUUAUUAUAAAUAAUUUAGUAUAAUACAUAGAUAUAAAUAUAUUUAAAAUCAAUAAACCUAAUAACUCAAU